AUGUUGAUUGGUUUACUAGCGUGUCUAGGCGCAUGUCUGCUCCUAGGAACUCUAUUCGUUCCAAUCAAAUCAUGUCCACCAACCGAUGGAUUUGCAACACAGUUGUUCAUGUGUUUGGGUAGUUAUACCACAAGUUUCGGCGUUUAUGCGUACAUGGAAUUUCCGGGAAUCUAUAGUUUCGCAAUGAUUGGUGGAGCAGUUUGGUCAGCGACUAACUGCUUCGCUGUCUCAAUCAUGACUCAUGUCGGAAUGGCGAUGUUCAUGCUGUUCGCUUCAUCAAUAUCCUGUCUUACCGGAUGGGCGAUCUCUAGAUUCGGACUAUUUGGAGUUCCUCCCUCUUUUCCUAUGAGCAGCAUUCUCAAUUAUUCUGGAAUCGUGCUCUUGAUUUUUGGGUCCGCUAUUUAUCCCUUCAUCAAAAUCAACGUGUUUCGAGCUGUGAAACCAAUAGAUCCUCAUGUUCAGGUCUUGUCAAUGACCCAACUAUCAGAAGUCAAUAAAUCUAAACAUUCCAAGGAAGAUAUCGAAAUGAGCAAUUCUUUAAAAAGGAUGGCUGCUUGGAUUGGAACAAUUCUAGUUGGAUUAUCAUUGGGUGUCAUGACAACUCCAGUUACUUUAUUAAUGACUCGUCACGACAUCUAUCCACUGUCGACUGAAAUCACAACAUCCGUUUCGUUUCAUUUUUCAUUUUUCACUGGAGUUAUUCUGGUAUCCGUUGUGAUUUUCGUUUUGUAUUGUUUACUCAGGAAAGGUAAACCAAAAGUUCCAUCGAAAAUCGUGCUUCCAUCGAUGCUCAGUGGCGUCUUCUUCGCUUCUGCCAUGGUAUUUUUCUUCGUGGCAAAUGAGCAAUUAUCACCCACUAUCUCGUAUCCGAUUUGUAUGAUGGCUCCCGGAUUGGUCACUUCUGCUUGGAGUGUUUUUUAUUUUAAAGAAAUCUCGGGACGCAGGAAUCUUCUUCUCCUUGGAGCUGCAUACAUCUUCACACUGAUCGGCGUCCUUGUGAUAACUGUUUCUCGUAUAGUCGAGUUAUAA